UCAAUAAAUUGCCCCUAAUUUUCUUUACAGCUUUUCCAUUGUCACCUGGCUGGCUCAGUCCGUCAGUCGCAACUCCUUUCCAUUAUUUCUCAACCUCCAUUAUUGCAAUUUCGCUUACGCCGGACACUGACGCCGCCGGAGCAACGUCACCUCCCACUUUUCCAGUCAAAAAAAUCCCUAAAUAUUAUUAUUUCGCCAAACAUUUCAUGCAUGGAAGGAGAGAAUCAAAAGAAGCGGCCAUUGGAACUUGACUGGACCCAAGUUCUUGAUCAAAACGACACCGAACCACCUCCUCCGUUACUGAUUGUCAAAACUUUACCGCCACAGCCCUCCGAUAACUCCCCCAGAGAUGAAAGCUGCCGGGCGAUGACUAAUCAUGAGCUAGAUGAGGCUAUUAAGAGAAGCAGAAGCAAUCUUCUCGUUAUAGGUCCGAAAUUGCCGGACGGUGGAGAAAAGUUUCGAGCUCUGAUUAAAUCGUAUGUAGAAGAGAAGCAACGGCGACUCAAGUAUCAACGGCCUGAAACGGAUGUUGAAAUAUGUGAAAAGCCCUCUCAUUUAAGUAGCUCAAGUAAAACUGAUGGCUUUAAACGAGAGAACGGUACAUCUUCCGAAGUCCGUCCUCAAUCUGAAUUUGCCUUUUCUUUUAGCAAAAAAAUGGAAGAAAAAACAGACAGCCGCAUAGUUAAUGCCUUCGGGAAAGAACUGCAGACUUUAGGUCGAUGCAAAAGACAGAAGACAAGAUUCAAUGGGACAUUUUCACAAAGGGGGAGAUCUAAAGGUCAGUCAUCAUCAAGAAAAUUGCCCUUUAAGUCUGCAAUCAGCCUUUCACAUAAUGGGGAUAAAUAUGCAUCUAAUGGUAAUUUAAAGGGCAGAGCUUCUACUAAUCCUUUCUCCCGUAGUUGGGGAAGUGAAUCCAUCAACUUUCCUAAGAAAAAUGUUGAUUGUCAAGUCCUACCUUUAAGUGGCUCAAGGCUUAGGAAGGAGCAAACAGUUGUUCUUUUAGAUGAGGAUGAGAACCCGCUUGAAGAUAUGGUGGACCAAGAAGAUAAACUUCCUGAAUGCAUGAAAGACGCAAAGAUCUAUUAUCCAUCCAGGGAUGAUCAGGGAUGUGUGGAUAUAUGUUAUGCAGAUAUGGACAGUCUAGCCCCUAAAAGUUUUUUGACAUCACCUAUUAUGAACUUUUACAUCAGGUAUUUGUGGCUGCACACAUCUCCAACAAACAAGGCCAUAAGCGAUUAUCACUUUUUUAAUACAUUCUUUUAUAGCAAGCUCAAACAGGCUGUUUCAUAUAAGGGGAAUGACAGGGAGUCCUAUUUUAUUAAGUUCAGAAGGUGGUGGAAGGGUGUCAAUAUAUUUCAGAAGGCUUAUGUCCUUAUUCCUAUACAUGAGGAUCUUCAUUGGAGCUUGGUGAUUAUAUGUAUACCAGAUGAGAAAGAUGAGUCUGGACCUAUAAUACUUCAUCUGGAUUCUUUAAGGUUUCAUUCAAGUGAAACAGUUUUCGAAGAUAUUACAAGCUAUUUGAGAGAAGAAUGGAGAUACAUGCGUAAAGAAGUUAGUCCUUUAGAUGUUCCAAUUGCAAAACGAGUCUGGGAAUAUCUACCUCGCAGAAUUGAGACAAGAAAAACUCAGGUGCCUCAACAGAAAAAUGACUAUGAUUGUGGUCUCUUUGUACUUUUCUUCAUGGAGCGUUUCAUUGAAGAGGCCCCCGAGAGGUUGAAGAAGAAAGAUUUAGCAAUGUUUGGCAAGCAGUGGUUCAGACAUGAAGAGGCUUCGGGUCUGAGAAUAAAAAUCAAAAGGUUACUUCUGGAUGAAUUUAAAAAAGCGAAUGAGAGCGGCUGUGUUUCAGAAUCUCCUCGUUUGUCUACAGGGAUUGAGCAACCUCCUGAUACUGAUCCAGCUGUGACUACAGAAUUAUGUGAUGGUUCGAGAUCACCUAGUGUAUAGCUCACAAAACUAGUUUGAAAAUAGAUUGCGUGAACAUAAACAGUUACAUGAAUCUUGUAUAGACUCCCAAAAUCAGUUCCGGAAGCUGUUACCGUCCAUGAAAAUUAGCUGUUCACUCUCCUGCACACUGGUCAUCCCACUGCUAAGCAGUAUCGAGCUGGAUUCAUUUUGAUUUUCAAAAUUUUGUAUAGGAGGGAAUUAGAUCUGAGCUAAUAUCUGAUUAUGGUGGUAAAACACAAUCCACCAUUUAUUAUGUAUUCGUUCUUUUUACUUCUUA